CUCAUGGUGACAUGGCGCUGUUGUGGUUAACGGUGGUGGUUUUACAGUUAUGUUUUACACUGCAGGACAAUCAGUUCUGCGAAAUCGCCAAUGUCCAGAUCGAACAUGAAGAUGGAACCAGACAGGUUUUUGAAUUAAAACGAAUCGAACCGAUUAAGGGGGCCCCUUGCCUCGUAUGCGGGAAUAAGGCGAGCAACAGAGAAUGGGAAGCAACUCCGCUCAAGUUCAACAUUGUGUUGACGCCCGGCGAAGUUGUUGCAGAGUGUGAGACAGGCAAACACAAUCUCCCAGCUGGGCUUUGUACCUCUCAGAGUUUGAACCAAGUUUGCACAAAAGAUGAUCCGUCCUCAUGUCCAGAGGACCCCCAGAUAUUAGCGAACAGUAUAGUAGAACAAGGUCUUGUACCCAUGGCAACUGGAGAUGCUGAUAUUGACCAAAAGAUUGCGGUGGCAGUGGUCUUGGUUAAUUUAGGAUCUCAUGACCUCGCCAUUCAAAAGUUUACAAAAAUACUUCAGGUCAAUCCAAGAACUGUAGCUGCUUUCUAUGGCCGAGGAGUGGCCUAUGCAAGGAAAGGCUUAAACAUACCGGAAAAUGCAGUAUUAGCCCUGUCCGACUUCACAGAAGCCAUUCAGACGGAUAAAAAGAGACAUGAAGCCUAUGAAAGGAGAGCAGAGGUGUAUAUCAGUCUCGGUCAGUAUAACGAAGCGCUGGAGGAUCUCACAGUGGCCAUCAAACACAGACCCACAGAAAAACUAUAUUUUAUGAGAGGUGUUAUCAAUCUUUUACUAGAGAAUUUUGCAGAUGCUGAGAUGGAUUUUAAACAGAAUCUGGAGUCUGAGGGUGACAUGUACAUCAUGUCCUACUUCAACCUGGGUCUGGCCCAGUACUACAGGGGUCGUGUCAGGAAUGCUAUAGAAGUAUUUAAAGAAAUUCUAAAGAAGAAACCAGAUCACAUAGAAGCAUGUACAAGUUUAGCACAGGCAUUCAAAGAAUUAGGCAACUUGAAAGCAGCCCGAAGUCGUUUUAAUCAGUCACUUGCAUUGGACCCUAACCACAGCCUGUCUCUGCAGCUCCAGGGGAGUAUGAUGUACCACAGUGGGGACUCCCAAGGGCCAUUGAUUCCGUUUCAGAAAUGUUUAGAAAUCGACUCAGAAAACGUUCACUGCCAAUAUAUGCAAGGCCUGGCCUACGUAGCUAUGGGCAAGUUUUACGAUGGGGUCAAGGCCUCCACGAAAGUCAUGGUAAAAAGUCAAGGAUCUAUAAAAAUGUCACCUGAGUUUAUAAAAGCUCAUUACCUCCGAGAAUAUGGCCGAUAUUUACAUUCCAAGUUAGACGUGAACCUGGACCAGCUCCAACCAGAGUACGAUCUGGGAGACGAAUUCCAGGACCACUGGGUCAAAACAUUGCCUUUUACAUUUACGAAACCAUAUCAAGAGCAGCCAGGUUUACAGCCAGACAUCAGAGAUGUCAGCCCACAGACUCUGUCCAGCUACCCCCCUCAAGUACAGUCCCUGCUAUGUCGGGCGGAGAAGAUUGGCUGGUCCAUGCAGGUCAACUCGGAUGGCUUUACACCCAAUAAAAGACUUAACCUGGCUAUGGGGCUUGCCUCUAUACAUAUAGCACAACAUUUUGAGAUGAAAUGGAAAAGUUAUAAAAAUACAAAAGGAAGUGGAGUCAAUAUCACAGAGAGGCCAAUAAGCUGGAGGGAGGUGUUUGGAAUAGCAGUGCAAUAUCGUCGCCUAGCCGACCCGGAACAGCCAGUGUUGUGGGUGUCAUCUCUACCUGAUCAUCUUACAACAGAAGGACAUCGGACAGAUAUCACGUUUAUAAGGGGAUCUGUGGCAAACUUAAAAGUAAUGCAGUAUUUUGACCUGGUGUUUAAACUGGCCAAGACAAUGCUGGAACACUAUUCAGGGGAGGGUGCUGUAUCCUAUGCUAACCUCAAGGAAGACAUAAGGAAGGCCCAGUCAUGUGAGGACCUCCUAUCAGUAGCCAGGAAGAGAAAGAUCAACCCCCAUGGGUUUCUUGUGUCAACACAAGUGCCCAGCAUGACUAAGACGAAGGAGGAGGAUCGCUUAGACGGGGCCAUGCUGAUCCUGACGGAGGACUUAAAUGGCAAGAUUGUGUUUGCUCUGAACAUAGCCAAUACCCAAGAGCGGAUGACGAUGUACUCGUCAGAGAUGGACUAUGUUUUUACUCAGAUACAGGACGAGAUCAGGAAGACAGGCCUCAGCAAGAUAUCUGACAUCGACCAGAUACUGAACCUGAUUGUCUCCCUGGUAUACUACUUCUACAACCUCAUGCCCCUCACCCGAGGCUCCAGUGUUGUGGCAUACACAGUAGCCCUCGGUCUGGUCAUGUCGGUAGGAAGACAGGUGACAGGGAAGAUACCUACAGGCAAGCUGCUAGAGUUAGAAGCCAUGCUAGCAGGUGCCCCUGAUGCCUUUGUUGCUGUCUCUAAACAGUGGAUGAGUAUCAAGAAAAACAACAAUCUUGUCUCAACUCUCCCUAAAGUAUCAGAAGUAUUUCCAACAGUGCGCCAUGUUUUAGAAGCCCUGACAGUAAACACGAGCUCGUGUUAAUAUAUAGGAAUUUUAACUGUUUUAAAUUUUAUAUGCAUUCCAGCAUCAAUCACACUCCCAAUGAUAUAUGCACAACAGUCUCCUGAAAUAAUGAUCUCAGUCAGAAGUCAAGGGUGCUGCAUUCUCAGCGAUGAAACACGAACAUGUCAUUCAGAAAUAGCGGAAAACACUAGGUGACGUGACAUGGGUGUGUCUGUGUCUAUGUGGGUAUUGGGGGUAGUGGGACCCUUGUCCCAUGCUGUGCAAAUCCGUUAAAUAGUUUUGUAUGCCACUAUGUGCCUUACUGUUUGAGCCUGACAAAUAUGACAAAAGCAAUUAAGGAGACUUUGAUCUGAGAAAAAUCCCAAUCCAGAUGAGCAGUAUUUCUUGUUUUACAUAAGAUCCAAACCCAUUGAUAAAUGACUGAUUGAAAGGAGGUUUAUUUCAUAUUUAAAAUGUGAAAUAUACUCUUGUUUUGUUUUCUAUAUUUUGUCAGUCUUACUAAUUGUACAUUUUCAAUCUUUUUUCAUAAUUGUCAAAGAGAGACAAGAACAUUUAGCUUUAUAUCAGGUUGUCGUGUAGUUUAAGUGUUGAGUCGUGGAGAAUGCAGCACAAUGAGCCUGUCUUCACAGUGUUAUCUCAGUACUGAUUGUACUGACAUUAUGUUAUCCAGAUGAGGCCACACUUUUGAAUUGUUUUGUUUACAGUUGGAUAGAUUGACCCCAAAAGUCAGUCAUAAAUUUCAAUUUAGUUAUUUAUUAAUUCUUGUUUGCCCAACAACUCCAUCUUUGAUAGAGUGGAGCAAUAAGUUACCUUUAAACGUUCUGAUUAAUAAUUGAUCAGAUAUUUGUCUGUAGACUCUGGGAAUCGCAAUAUGUAUACAGAGAACAAAGCUUGUACUAAUUCUGCUGUUUUGGGGAUCUGACUUACUCACACUGUAAGAAUGUGAAAGUUGUUUUUAAGGUUUAAAAGUUUAAAGCAGAAAGAAACAAUCAUUUGCUAACAUGUUCAGAAAAUCAGUUCAUAACAAUGACUUUAUGUGAUUGCAGCUAAAGGUAUGGUCCCCUGCUCUAAUGACCUUCGCGAUAUGUAUGUGGCACUGCACUUAUACACAUUCUGGAGUUUAUAUUCAGGAGUAAUUGUAACUGUUUUCCCAAUUUCUGUAUGUUACUUGAUAUAUACUUCUCAAAAUAAGAUAAGGAACACCUGAUCUUUUCCUUGUCUAUAGUUAAUCAGUGAUCUAUCAUUGUAGGACACACUAACCAAAGUCAUAUGAGAGACAUUGGGCGUUCUUUUGAGCAUUUUAUACCGCAAAAAAUAAUUAUUAAGUUGAUUUUGCUCUUACCUAUUACUAAGAUGGAUAAUAAGAGAGAGAAAUUAAGCAAGCAAAUUUGAAAACAAAUUUUGUUAAUGACAGUAUUAGAGAUGAUGAAAGGAGAGCCUGUCAGCAAAGGGUUCUCUGUGUUCAGUAACACUUGUUACAUCCCCAAUAACAUGAUAUGAUUUAUGCAAAUUUUCCCGAAUGUUUACAAGUAAACAUUGAAGAUUGUGCCAGUUUUCUAUAGUUUGUACCCAGCCAGAUGUCAACAGUGCUGUCAAUAAAACAGUUGUUAUAUCCUAAA